AUGAGUUCAGAUAAAGAUCGAAAGCCGUCGCUUCCUGCUCAACUAUCGGAUGAGCAAAAGAAAAUCAACCAUAUACAAAGCGAACAAAGACGAAGAGAGCAGAUACGGUCUACCUAUGACAAAUUGGUGGACAUCGUGCCAGAUCUAACUACAAAGGAAAACCGAUCAGAGUUAUCAAUUUUAACGAAAACCAGCUCAUACAUUAGGAAGCUAAGGGAGGAAAACGAGAGAUUGCUAGACGAAACAAAGAAACAAGGCAUAGAUCCGGAGGCUGUGAUCAAUGAGAUCAAUUUCAAAUAUGAUGAGAAGAAUGCUACUGCUAAGAGGGAGGAGAUGAAGUGA